AUGGCAUCCUACUCUACGCAAUACUACGCUACAGCUGUACCCAUCCCUACCAAGGGUGAGCAGUACCCUUCGUACUACCACAGCGGUGGAAGUGCCUACUCUGUAUCUCCUCCCGAGGACAAUGACGCCUCAGUCACUUCUGGCGUUCCGUCCUAUGGGCACAGCUACUCUGUAGGCGAUUCCACCUACGAUGGUAGCACCAGCGGUGACUGGGAAAGCUCAGUAUCUGCCAGUGGUGUAGACUUUAAUGACUACAUCCAUGACCGCUUUGCCGAGUCUUUUGACCCGAUCCCGCUUGACCGCAGCCUGGCUAUGCAGGCACAGACAUCUGGACAGCUGAACAACAAGCACCGAGAGCUACUCGAGCUGCAGGCAAAAGCCCAAGCUCGCCUGGCCAAGUCCCGCGCUCGCUUUGCCGAGGGUGUGCAGGAUGCCCAGGAAGUUCAUGCCAACCUGGAGUGGACAUCAAAGAAGGUUUCGUCAAUGAAGAGCAAGGCCUCGCGGAAGCACUCCAAGGAGUACAAGAAGGCUCGCGAGCGAUACCCAUCGCCCGAGUUUUAA